AUGCGAUUUCUGGCUUCGACAUCAGCACCGGCCUUGGCCAGCACAGAUACAACCUCGUCAUGGCCUUCAGAAGCUGCAAACAAGAGAGCUGUGUCGUCCGUCUUGGUGAAGCGGGACUCCACAUCAGCCCCUGUUUCCAAUGAUGUGUCAAUCAGCACACGAGACCUUGAACACAGACAUUUGUGCAAUUUUGCCUGCCUGUCUGCGGUGAUGUUUAUCUUAUUCUUUCUGCCAGAUGCCUCAUCGUGUAGGUGGCUGGACCGAUCUUUGCAGAAGGAGGAAGAAUGGGCAUUGACGGCACUUGUAGGACAGCUCGCCACUGUGGCCAAAAUAAAUGGCCAAGAUCAUGACCACUGUUACAACACAAAGUAG